UUGACGGUAGAUUGGCUUGAGCGUGGAUGUCCGUCUGGUACAGUUAAAAUUUCAAUCCUUCCUUCCGUCAAGCCGCUCUUCUCCUAUUUCAUGGGGCUGGCAAUAACCGUUGGACACCAUUGGACCCACCCAGAACAGACAUAAAGGCUGUUGUGUCUGUAAAUGUAACGGCAGACGCCGCAUCCAUCGUUGACUCCGUUAUUGUCGCCACCAUUUUGGCCGUCAGUGAUGGAGCAUAUCCGGACGCCCAAGGUGGAAAAUGUGCACCUACUGGAGCGUUCCGCUUGUCAGAGGAAGGCCAGUGUGGGGACCCUCUACCUUUCUGCCACUCACACCAUCUUUGUUGAGAACAACCCUGAGACUCGCAAGGAGACCUGGGUGCUGCACAGCAUGGUAAGCAGUGUGGAGAGACCACCAGCCAGUCCUGCAGGGAGCCAGCUGAUCAUGUGCUGUAAAGACUUUCGUAUAUUCCAUCUUUACAUACAGUCGGAGCGAGACUGUUUGGAUGUCCACACUUCAUUAGCCCGGUUGUCUCGACCAGAGAAGUACAGCGAGCUCUACUGCUUGUCCUUCAAUCCUAAUGUCAAUAAGGAAAAAAGAGAGGCAUCAUGGAAGUUUAUUGACCUCACAGAAGAUUUCAAGAGGUUAGGCGUUCCCAACAAUUUAUGGGUGGCGACCACUGCCAACACUGAAUACAGGGUAUGUGACACCUAUCCAUCAGAGUUGUUCGUUCCAAAAUCAGCGACACCAGCCGUCAUCGUUGGUAGUUCCAGGUUCAGAAGUCGUGGACGUUUUCCUGUUCUGUGCUACUUUCACCAGGACACUCUGGCUGCGGUGUGCAGAUCCAGUCAGCCACUGUCAGGCUUCAGUGGGCGCUCGCUGGAAGAUGAGAUGAUGCUUCAGUCCUUGAUGAAGUCCAACCCUGGAAGUGACUACAUUUACGUUGUGGACACAAGACCCAAGCUAAAUGCCAUGGCCAACCGUGCGGCUGGAAAAGGCUAUGAAAAUGAAGACCACUAUAACAACAUAAAGCUGCAAUUCAUAGGCAUCGAGAACAUUCAUGUGAUGAGGAACAGCCAGCAAAAGCUCACUGAUGGUAAUAGAGCAUUUGGUGAACUGCGCUCACCGUCUGUGACAGAUUUUUUGUGGGGACUAGAGAAUUCCGGCUGGCUCAAACACAUCAAAGCCAUUCUUGAUGCAGGAGUCUUCAUUGCGCGGGCAGUGGCCGAUGAGGGUGUGAGUGUUCUGGUACACUGUUCAGAUGGCUGGGAUCGGACAGCCCAGGCCUGCUCCUUAGCCAGUAUACUCAUGGACCCGUACUACAGAACUAUCAAGGGAUUCAUGGUGCUGAUCGAAAAGGACUGGGUUUCCUUUGGACAUAAGUUCUCUCACAGGUAUGGCCACCUCAACACUGAUCCCAAAGAGGUGUCCCCUGUCAUUGACCAGUUCUUGGAGUGUGUGUGGCAGCUGUCCGAACAGUUCCCAUGUGCCUUUGAAUUUAACGAGUGCUUCCUGGUGGCCAUACACACACAUGUUUACUCCUGCCAGUUUGGAAACUUCUUGGGCAACAGCCAGAAAGAGAAGAGGGAUAUGAGACUACAUGAGCGUAGUCACUCUGUGUGGCCUCAGCUGUGGUCGGAAAGGGCAGAAUUCUUCAACCCCCUGUACAAGGCUGAGCUCAGCCAGUGUCAGGGCGUCCUCAGACCUAAUACGAGCCCCUUCUGCUUCAAGAUUUGGAAAGGUCUCUACAAACACAUGGACAAGUCUUCCCCUCCUUCUCAAUCCCCUGCUGACCUUAUGUCUGUUGUCCGGGAGGAGCCCCAGCAGCUGGAAGAGAAGCAGGUCAUACAUCAGGAGCUAUCACCAGUAUCAGAGGAUCGCAGCAGUGACAGGAUGGAUAAUCACUUGAGAGAAGAAACAUGUUCCACAGAGGGGGAAUAACCACCUGCCACAGACACUGGGGGCUGAACCCACACCAAACCACUGGCAUGGGGCACAGCAGCCUCUCGUUCGUCCUCUCCAGAUCGCUGGUGAGCUGUCCCAUCUGCUGGAAAUCAGUUCAGCCUUUCGUCUCAGUUUACCAUGGGCUUACAGGAAACCUGUUCUUUGGACCACCCUACAUAUAAGAACACAUUGGCUGAGGAGUUAUUAUUAACUGCACUUUUGCAUUGUACAAACAAUAUCCAUCCAAUAUCCAUGUAUUUCAAGAAAAGAAAAGAAUACUAUCCUCCACAGAUGCUGUCUCAUCAUCUUGGGACAUUCAUUUCUAGAGAGCACAUUUGGUUGUGAAAACCUUAGCACAGAGACAAGACUGGAGUCAGUGUGUUCAGGGACACUAAGAGUCAAUGUGUUCUGAAGUGUGACAUUAUAACAUGCUGGCCACAACACUGAUAGAUAAGUCAACAACAGAUUAAUUUGGAUCUUUGGGAUAUACAAGCUCAGAGAGCAAUAUGGAAAUGGAAUAAGAUGCUGUUGGGGGGGGAAAGACAUCAUGUAUGUGAGGACUGAUCCAAUCGUGCUAGUGGGCCUUGUGUCGCAUGUGAAAAUGAUAUUACAAUUAUAAUUCCGAGACACUGCAGUAAAGUUUCUGGACUGUGCACCUUAAGGGUAGUCAGUGAUAGCUUGCCUCAGUGUGACAGGUCACUGUCAGGUCGACACCAAAUGGAACCAUUUGAUUGACUCUGAAGUCACUUAUUGCAUUUACCUCUCACAAGUUGCUCACAGGUUUGGGUCAACUUUUAAUUCACAUUUUGUUGUCUAGUUCAAGACCUACCAAGCUGGGUGUUCGGGUCAUCGAGGUGUGAAGAAGAACAGAAGUUCAGUUCAAUCCCACCAUCUCAUGAUAAAUCUCAGAACACAUUUGCUGAAUAACAACAUUUAAAUAGGUUCCGUGGCAUCAAGACAGUCAGUAUUAACAUAUCUCUUCUCUCUAACCCUUCCUGGUUAGUGGACAGGUGUGGAUGAGCCACGGGAUAUUUAUGUGAUGGUGUUGCAUCCUUGGGUUGGUUCUGAUGAGGUGGAACUCGUAUGCUGCAGAUUACCUAGAUUCAAAGUUAUAACACUAAAUACGUGUUGAAGGAUGAAAAGGGUAAAGUCUACCUUAUUGUUGAUUAAAUGUGAAAGCAUUUAAGAAAAAUGUCACUGUGUCACACAAUCAAACCAGAAGAUUUCAAACCAUUGUUUGCCCCUCUGUGUUUUACUACACAUUUUUUCCUGCCAGGAAUCUUUUUAUUUAUUUCUUUAUUUAUUUUUAUUUGAUAUUUGUGUGAUCAGUCAUAGAUAUGUACAUUUUGUAGCAUGUGGAGUGCAUUUAUUCAUAUGUGCAAUCAAUCUCCUGUCUCAAUAAAUGAAUGUUUUGAGUAAUAUCUUCAGUAUUCCUCCUGAACUCCUGACUUCGAGGACCGACUGAAGAGGUCUCCAAACUUCCUUGAACCGCGAUACUCGAAGCUACUGCUUUAAUGGAUACUUUUGAAAGGCCACGGUUUGGCUUUAAUGAGAAAUCAUUACAAAUCAUUAAA